AUGGACCGCAAGGGAAGGAAGCCUUGGAGGUGUCCGAAGUUGAAGGUGACCGUCAUCCUACCCAGCGGCCGUGGUGAAGAAGUGUUGGUGGCUGGAACGGCCAAGGUUGGAGACGUGAAAGUGGCAGCGCAGAAGUCUUUUGGGCAAGGCUUCCUGAGGCUUGUUGCUCCCGACGGACGCAAUUUGGACUUGAACGAAGAUCUAGCGAAGGUGGGACUUCAAGAUGGAGAGUACCUCAGUGCAGUGGCACAAGCACCGCUGGUGACAAGAGCAUCUGAGGCUUUUGCGUUGUGGAUUUCAGGAGGUAGUGUUGUCACAUGGGGUAAUCCAAAGGGAGGUGGUGACAGCAGUGCUGUGCAGGACCAGCUUCGACACGUUCGAAAGAUUUGCGCCGCAGACCACGCAUUUGCUGCUGUGUUGAAUGAUGGGAGAGUUGUCACAUGGGGCGAUCCGACUUGCGGUGGUGAUAGUUCUGGGGUCCAGAAUCGUCUCCGAAAUGUACAGGAGAUUCACGCCACAUCUCGUGCUUUUGCUGCAGUCCUUGGUGACGGAUCAGUUGUGACAUGGGGUGAUCCACAGUGUGGUGGUGAUAGCAGCGAGGUGAAGGAUCGGCUCAAGAACGUGAAGAAGAUUUGUCAAACAGCCCGGUCUUUUGCUGCACUUCUCGAUGAUCGAUCAGUUGCAACAUGGGGCUGUCAGAUACAUGGUGGCGACAGCAGCAGGGUUCAGGAGCACCUGAGAAAUGUGCAGUGUAUUUUUGCUGAAAUAUCUGGCUCCUUCCACGCUCUCACUGACAGUGAGGAGGAUAUCACAUGGGGCCGUGGGCAGUGGCACAGGUUGACAACCGCAAGGUCGGACCUGAGAAUCGCCCAGGAUUUGCAAACCAAUGCCUUGAUUUCUGUAGUUGCGUUCGCAGAUGGAGCGUUUGUUACAACAGCAGGCCUCUCAACUGACGACAGCUCUGUACAGGAAUUCAAAUUAAUGGCCAGAAUCGUACAUCUGCAACAGGAACUUAAGGUAAAGCUUUGCAUGCUUUGCAUGAACCUGACCAGGGGUGAGGCAGAACUACUUCAUUUGUGCUGGCUACCAUACAAAGGGAAUGGCAGAACGGGGGUGUGGGAUCGCCUCAAGAAUGUACAAAUGAUUCGUUUUACACAAACUGCCUUUGCCGCAGUGCUCGCUGACGGAACAGUUGAAACUUGGGGAUCUCGGAGACAUGGUGGUAACUGCAGGACGGUCGAGACUCGCCUCAUCGACGUCCAGGAUAUUUCUGCGACCUUUGGUGCCUUUGCUGCUCGUCUUGGCAGUGGUCGAGUUGUCACAUGGGGCGAUCCGACUUGCGGUGGUGAUAGUUCUGGGGUCCAGAAUCGUCUCCGAAAUGUACAGGAGAUUCACGCCACAUCUUGUGCUUUUGCUGCAGUCCUUGGUGACGGAUCAGUUGUGACAUGGGGUGAUCCACAGUGUGGUGGUGACGCCCGGAAGGUGCAAGAGGAGCUUCAGUGGCUUUCGUGA